AAAAAAUAUCCAACCAUAUGCAGGUCUUAUCUCUUUUUUUUUGUUGUUCUGAUUUCGAUCAACGCUUUGCAUCUGAAACUAAACAUCUGCCGGAUAUUGAACCCGCAUAUCCCGCCAUUAUUGCCGAACCAGUCACCCUUUUUUUUUAUCUAUCCCAUCAACCAGUCCCGUCUUGUCCGGGUAAAUAUAUCCAAUCAAUUCGCUUCCGUCGAGGGCUUGCGACAUCACGGAGGCCUAGAUAACGACAGAAAGUUCUUGGGUCACGAUGCUCUGCCGGAUCGUGGCUGGCAUCUUCGUGUUUUUAUACGUGGCCGUAUAUCUUAGGAUGCUCAAUCUCUCCCGCGUACAUCCUCGGGUACGCACCUAAGUUCUCACCCCUUCAGAUAGCCGUCAAAUAGGAAGCUUGUUUUGUUUUCUUUUCGACAAAAAAAUCCCCUUUGGUACUUCACCGCCUCCAUCAUAUAAACAUCCUCCAAGUGCCGCAUACAGCUUUUGGUGCUGUGAGUAUUAUUAUUAUUUUUUUCAUUAUUUUUUCGCAAUCAAAAUAAAAUCUUUGCUCUCCAUAUCGACCUCCCAGGCGGUUGGUUGAAGCAAAGAAAAACAUCAAAAUGUCCUCCAAGGUGCGAGAAAACAGUGCCCAGCCCAGGAUGGAUUCCAAGGGCGACAUGAACAAGAUUACCUACGUGGCGCCCUCGAUGGUGGAGAGGUUGGUCUACUGUUGGUACAUGUGGGUGAUGAAGGGUUUCAGUGCCCCAUUCAUCUGGUACCGGGACUGGAUGGAGUGGUACUACCCGCCCGAUGGCCGGCCCGAAAUCGUGAAGGCUUAUGAGUGUCGUCCGCAUUUGCCCGUCCGGAUAUUCUUCCCAGCCUCUUAUGACCGGAGCUCGCAGACUAAACUCCCUGCCUUGGUGGCUAUUCAUGGAGGUGGAUUCUGCUUCGGCACAGCCCGCGAUGCAGAUGAAUGGGCGCGGGCGUUUGCCGACCAGCAUUCUACCUUGAUCGUCUGUCCCUCGUACUCCAAGGCGCCCUGGUCACCCUUCCCCGCCGCGCUCAACGACAUCGAGGCCAUCUACAAGGCCAUAGUGGGUGACGAGUCACUCCCAAUCUCCAAGUCGCAGGUCGCCAUCGCGGGAUGGUCCGCCGGUGGAAACCUAGCCAUGGCCGUGUCGCAGAUGCCCAGCAUCCGCGCUCUCUCGCCCGGUGCACCCAGCGCUGGCAUCACAAUCUACGGCGCCAUGGACAUGAGCGUGUCGGCGGCCGACAAGGCCAAGACGCGCUGGUACAAGACGCGCCUGCAGCCCCCGCGCGGGCAGGCCGAGGACGGACUCUUCAAGCUCGCGCCGCUCUGCGACUGGGGCUACAUCCCCUUCGGCACGGACCUGCGCCACCCUCUGCUCAGCCCCGGGUUCGCCGACGAGCGCAACCUGCCGCCGUACCUGUGCGUCGUGGCGGCGGAGCUCGACAUGCUCGCGCACGAGAGCUGGCGCUUCGCGGUGCGGCUGGACAACGAGCGCUUCCCCGAGCGGCACCGCGACAUGCCCGACCCGAACAGCAACGACCCGGAGCUGGCCGUGGCGGGGCGCAAGGCCCCGAGCCGCCGCAGGGGCAGGCUGGAGGAGGAGGACGGCGGCGACGACAGGUUCGGGUGGGAGGACAACGGCGACGGCUUCGGCGUCAAGUGGAUGCUCGUCCCGGACGCCCUGCACGGCUUCGACUGCGCGUCCAUCCGCCUCAUGACGGGCGGGUGGGACGCCGUCAAGGACGCCGAGAUGAAGACAAAAGUCGAGAUUGAGAGGCUGGGACGGUGGUUGCGCACAAAGGUGUGGAAGAUUGAUGAGGAAAAGAAGAGUGCCGAGUCGGAUUGAGUGGGGGAGGUUGUGUCUUUCUUCUCUGGGGGUUGUUUGUGGUGGGCUUCAAUGUGGUUAUGGAUUUGUUUUCUUUUUCUUUUCUUUUUUGAUAGAUGCUGUGUUCUUAGCGGUGCAGUAUCUGGUUUUUGUUUUGGAUAUUGUUAUUCGCAGCGUUGUAGUUGAAGGAAAAACAAUUGGAUUUCAUGACAUGGCACUAUUCACGUUGGCGGAGCAAUAUUCUAGAAUCAGGAAAAAAUUAUAUCACAU